GUAAGGACCUUUAGAAGUUUGUGUAAUUUCGCAGGUGCUUCUCUGCACAUUUGCUAGCUCGCCGUCGCCGUCGCCGUCUCCCUCUGCGGCCGUGUUCCCACCUCGACCCCUUCCGCGGCUAGCCGGAGGAUGACCGGCGACCACCCAGGCUUUCGCCGAGGCUGCAGCAGCAGGCAACAACCGCCGCCGCCGCCACCGGCCGGCCACCUUCACGCCGCCGGCGCGCUCUGCUCGCUGACACGGCCGUACGCGGCAUGCGCGAGGCAGGGUGGACUGUACAGGCGCAGGCGCCAUCGGCGGCGCGGGUGCCCUCGCCGGAAGCCCCUCCCUCCUCCACCCGCGGCCUUCGCCAUUACGCCGCCCCGUUCCACGGAGCAUGAUAGGAUUCAUGGGGAAGCAGAGUUCAUUUCAGUAGAAGAUGGAGAGAUAUUUGGACAAUUAGGGGUACUGACUUUGGCAAAAAGUUAAAUGCCCCGAUGAAGAUGGAGGAUGGAAGGUAGAAGAUCCAGCAAAAGCAAUAACAAUCAACCUAAAAGAAAUCUGUGGUAGAGCGAAAUGUUCCUACCGCGUAACAUUGCGUAUAACAGAGUCUGAAUAAACUAGAGCUGAGAAUCAUGCUACCUCUAUGUCGAUUUAGAAAGGAAAGCACCAAAACAUAAUUACCGACAAAAAAAAAAUUAGACUCAUUCAGGAUAUACUUCAUUGCUUUAUUACUCUCAUUUUUGGUUAAAAUUGAAAUUUUCAGUUGUAUGCUUACUUAUACCAAUACAGGGUUUGGUUUCUCAACUGAUUUAUGGUUCAGCCUGCUGUGAUUUGCUUUUAUGGCAUUGCAUCAUGAGAGAAGUCUAGAUGAUAAUAUCAUCAACUGCGUAAAUCUACCAAAGUUAUUUUCAACUUCUUAAUUCAAAGGUUCAGACAGCUGCAAUUUGUUCUGAAGAAACCAUCAACUAGCUGUUAGGCAAUUCUGCAUACUUUUGGUACAUCUUAAUUAUUAAAUUUGCUAAUGAAAGACAACCGUGGAGCUCUGACAGGAAGCAAACGGAAAAAAAUACUGGACCCACGAAUGGGUUAUUUGUGUAUUUCCAGUUCGAUAAGUAUAGUAGAGAUGCCACACAUUUUACCUAACAUCCUCUCUUACUGAUUGGGCCUACUAGCUACAGCCCAACCUGACUGUGACACCACAACACUGACUGUGUAGUGGAGUGAAAUUCCCAUGAACAUACUUUGAGCUACAAUGAGUGAAAUUUCCAUCCAAAACAUUUGAGUUUAUAAUUAUUUACCCUAUGUGUUGAGCAUACAUGUAUUAGGAUGUCAACAUUGUCAUCAGAUAAUUAUUUAUAGCUUUACUUGAGUAAUAAGGCAUUUGGAUAGCUCUUUCUAGGAGUCAACAAAGUCAACUGGACCCUUCUUCUUAGAUUUCUUGUUGAUGUGUAUAUCUAUAUUACUAAAAAAAUGUCUCUGGCCUUUGAGUUUCAAAAUAAAAGGUCACUGCUGCUUCUUUACUUCUGCAUUCCUUCAGCUUUGCCAUUCUGUCACUUGGCAAUUUUGAUGAUGCUGCCUUCUUGCUCAACAGGGAAGAUUAUUCACAUCAGCAUGAUGAUGAAGAAAAUUUGAUCAAAUGUAUAAAGUUGUAAUGCUCUCUUCUCCUUUUCUUCCUUUUACGGUUUCAGAGUAGUGCUUUUUAGUAAUUUACACUGUAAGCGUGAUAUAGCUAACAUGGAAAAUGAAUGUGUUACUCAAGCACAAUAUAUUUUUUUGCAUUAUUUUCUCAGUUUGAAAACAAUCUAAUUGUUUCCCAGUACUUAUAUCUUUAACUGACAAAUUCUUCCAUUUCCCUCCCCUGCCAAAUUGUUGUGACAUAUACAGGAACAGCACGGCUAUACACACACGUGUCCUCCUGUGUUAUUAUUCAUCUCUCCUUUUUCUCCAUCAAGCGGGUGUACUUCAAGAAAAAAAUAAUUUCAACAAUUUUCAGCAAUACUGAAGAUAUGAUGUACAAGGGUGGAAUUGGUACUUAGGACUGAUUGUUCAUCAUUGCAACUGCAUUUCACUGAAAUAUUGAAGUAACUGCACUAAUAGAAAUGGCUGAAAUUGCCGUUCUUUUUGUCAUAAAAAAGAUAGGAAUAGCUGUGGCAGGAGAUACACUAAAGUUAGCUAUACCCCUCUUUGCAAAAAAGACCGAGUUAAAGAAAGUUGAGCUAGUAACAGCACUUCCAGUUAACAUGAGACAAAUAAAAAAGGAACUUGAAAUUAUCAAUGCAUUUCUUAAAGAACUUGGCAUGAAUGGGUACAAAGGUGAAGUUGUAGAAACUUGGAUAAGGCAAGUUCGGAGGUUGGCACAUGAUAUGGAAGAUGUUGUGGAUGAAUUUAUGUAUGUUGUUGGCAAAAACAAACACAAGAAAUCAUGGGCUUGUGUGAAGAAAAUUAUCAAGAAACCUAAACCUUUAUUUUCACUUGAUGAAAUCGCCACUAAAGCAGAUAUGAUAAACACAGAGCUUGUGGAGCUUUCCAAAAGACUAGAUCGUUGGACCCGACCAUUAUCGAGUGGGAUUUAUGUUCCUCCAACAAAUUAUAAUAGCGAGCAACAGUUGUAUUUGCCUGGAUAUGAUUAUUCAAUCAAUGACAAUGAGCUUGUAGGGAUUGAUAAAAAUAGGCAAACCUUGAUUGAAUCAUUGCGUUUGGAAGAUUGUUCUCUUCGGAUCAUUGCUGUCUGGGGUAUGGGUGGCCUUGGGAAAAGCACUCUUGUCAAUGAUAUCUACAAAAAUGAAGCAAUAGUAUCCAAUUUUAAUUGCCAUGCAUGGCUAUGUAUCUCUCAAUCAUCUAAAAUGCAUGAUAUUUGGCAAAACAUGCUAAAAGAACUUUGUGGAGAAGACAACCGAGGGGUUGAUGCUGAAAAUAUGAACAAUAGAGAACUAAGACUGGAACUGGCAAAAAUUUUGCGUCAGAAGCGGUACUUGAUCAUACUAGAUGAUGUCUGGUUGGCUGCAGAUCUUUUAAAGAUUCGGGAGGUUCUUGUUGAUAAUGGCCUAGGAAGCAGAGUAAUAAUUACAACAAGAAUUGAGGAAGUAGCUUCAAUAGCUGAGGAUGGUUGUAAGAUCCGUUUAGAGCCUCUAAAUAACCAUGAUGCAUGGCUUCUAUUCUGCAGGAAGGCAUUCCCCAAAACUGAAAAUCAUAUGUGCCCUCCAGAACUACAUCAGUGUGGUAUGGACAUAGUGAACAAAUGUGGUGGUUUGCCUUUAGCUCUUGUUACAAUAGGGAGUUUACUGUCCCUCAAACCAAGGAAUAAAAAAGAAUGGAGGCUUUUCUACAACCAACUUAUUUCAGAGGUGCACAAUAAUGAAAACUUAAACCGGGUGGAGAAAAUUCUAAAUCUAAGCUACAAACACUUGCCAAACUAUUUGAAGAAUUGCUUUUUAUACUGUGCUAUGUUCCCAGAAGACUACAUUAUCCAGAGAAAGAGAUUAAUUAGAUUGUGGAUAGCUGAAGGAUUUAUUGAACAGAAAGGAACAUGCAGCUUAGAAGAUGUUGCUGAAGGUUACCUAACAGAGCUUGUCCGACGAAGCAUGAUUCAAGUCGUAGCAAGGAAUAGUUUUAAUAGGAUUCAGUGUCUUCGAAUGCAUGAUAUUUUGCGAGAACUAGCCAUUUUCCAAUCAAAGAAAGAAAGUUUCUCUACAGUUUAUGAUGACACUCAUGGGGUGGUACAAGUGGGAUCAGACUCUCGCCGCGUCUCUGUGCUCCAAUGCAACAGUGAAAUUCGAUCAACUGUAGAUCCAUCCAGGCUACGUACCUUCCUAGCAUUUGACACUAGCAUGGCAUUAUCUUCAGCUUCUUAUUUCAUUUUCUCAGAAUCCAAGUACCUUGCUGUGUUAGAAUUAUCCGGCUUGCCUAUCGAGACCAUUCCAUAUUCAGUUGGGGAGCUAUUUAACCUUCGGUAUUUAUGCCUCAAUGAUACCAAUGUGAAAGAAUUCCCAAAAUCUAUUACAAAGCUUCUCAAUUUACAAACAUUGAGUCUUGAACGUACACAAUUGCUGAAUUUUCCGAGAGGGUUUUCAAAUCUGAAAAAAUUGCGUCAUUUACUUGUUUGGAAAUUAGUUGAUGCUACAUACAAAAGUCUGAAUAAUUGGGAAUCUUUGGAGCCAUUUGAGGGCUUGUGGAACUUGAAGGAAUUGCAAUCUUUAUGUGAAGUUCGUGCAACUAGAGACUUUGUUUCCAAAUUAGGAAAUCUAUCCCAGCUGAGGAGCCUUUGCAUUACUUAUGUAAGGAGUAGCCACUGUGCACAACUGUGCAACUCUUUAUCAAAGAUGCAACAUCUCACAAGAUUACAUAUAAGAGCAAUGAAUGAAGAUGAAGUGCUCCUGCUGGAUGAUUUGAUGUUGCCGAACCCUCUUGAGAAGCUCGAUUUGCUAGGACAAUUGUCAAAAGGAACUUUAGAAUCUCCUUUUUUCACUACUCAUGGAAAUGAACUUCUGCAAUUGGAACUAUCGAGGUGUCAGCUUACAGUGAAUCUUGUAGCAUGGCUCUCUAAGUUGUCAAAUUUAACAGAGUUACGUCUUACAAGGGUGUACACUGGACAACAGCUAAGCUUUCAUGCAAAUUGCUUCCCAAAUUUGAAGAAAGCACUCCUGUGGGAUUUGCAGCAAGUCAAUCAAAUAUAUAUACAGGAGGGAGCUUUGUCCAGCCUGCAGUAUCUCCACAUUGAUAGCCUCAUGGAACUUCGGGAUGUGCCCACCGGCAUUGAAUUUCUAAGAUCAGUCAAAGAGGCAUAUUUUACUAUGAUGCAUUCUGAUUUCGUAAGGAACCUUCGAACAGGAAAGGUAAAUCAUAUCCCGAAGGUCUACUGGUCAACACAAGGGGUGUCUGCGGAACCUGCUAACCUGCCUGGAGAAUCCAGCACCAACCCACAAUGGCGCAUGUUAGGAGGGUCAGGUUGGGUUUUCAUCUAACCCAGUUUGCAGAGGAUCCUGGUUGGUUCACUGUGACAAAAACUUCAGAAUCUACUCCCGUUACUGAAACGGUGUUCAUCUUUGGCUCACUGAAUUGGAGAUUGUGAAUCGAUAGUGUACAUUCCCUCCGGUUUCUUUGCGAAUGGAGCUUUUGGCAAGGUACUUGGUCACCAUCUUUUGUUUCUGGUGCCACAACAAAAUACUGGCAAGUGGCAACUUCUCUACAUUAUUUCACUGGGAAGGUAACUAUAAUGUCAAUUGGGAUUUAUCACGGUAAACUUCAUGAGGAACAAUUUUCCUCCAUGGGCAUCUUGACCAGAAGCAGCUCCCCUCAGUCCCCUUUUGUCAGAACUCUCAGAAACAAUGUUCCAGCGUUCACUGGAUUUGCAGCUGCUACCUGACUAGAAGUCUAGAACCUGAAGAUCAUACUACCUCCAUAUGGAUCUAGAGGAGGAUAACUAAGCAAUAUAUAUUCUGAAAAAUGUCAAUGUUGCUGUCCUGUGCUUUAGCAAUACAAAUUUACUA